GUUGACUAAGUACCCAAACCUGUCCAUUUCAUUUUUUCUUAAAAUAUUGUUUUAUUGUUUCAACCCACAAGAGAUAAAUACGACAUUCGAAAAUGCCAUCUUCGCUUGUUAACAACCCUGCCAUUGCAGAUGCGCAGUUGUUGGUACCCAAGCCGUUGAUCUUUAGACCAUACGUGUGGCCGUUCACGUUGAUCUACCCAAUCUUCUUGAAGAUUUACCUUGAUCAUUAUGAUACCUACAUUGUUGGCUCAGAAUGGACUUUUGUCUAUCUGCUUGCCAUUAUUUCUAUCAACCUUCUUUUCUGGUUGAUGCCUCAUUGGAACAUCAACAUUGACCGUAAGUUCAACUACUCUGAUGUCAAGACUAUCAAAGAAGCAUCUCAUAUUAUUAUCACCCCUGCUCCAAACUCAGGAAUUGGUGAAAUUUCCACCAUCAACCGUGAACUGUUCCAAGACGGUGAAUUGCAAGUGUCCUUCUUGUACCAAAAGAGACGUCACUUGUUCCAUGAAAAGGAACAAAAAUUUGCCCCUCCUGAAUUUCUUUUUGAUGAAGCUCCUCCCCUUUCUGUAUUUCAAGAAUCUAAAGGUUUAUCAGGAUACUUGGAUAAAUUAAGACGUAACUAUGGUGAGAACAAGUUUGAUAUUCCUAUUCCAACUUUUUUUGAAUUGUUCAAAGAACAUGCAGUUGCUCCUUUUUUUGUAUUCCAAAUCUUUUCAGUGGCCCUUUGGUGCAUGGAUGAACAAUGGUACUACUCUCUUUUCUCUCUUUUCAUGUUGGUUUCCUUUGAAAUGACUACUGUUUUCCAAAGAAGAACUACCAUGGCUGAAUUCCAAAGUAUGGGUAUUAAACCUUAUGAUAUUUAUGUGCAUAGAGAUAAACAAUGGAAACAAGUUCAAACUUCUGAAUUGUUACCAGGUGAUUUAGUUUCUAUUACUAGAACUAAUGAUGACAGUGCCAUUCCUUGUGACUUGCUUCUUGUUGACGGUUCAUGUAUUGUUAACGAAGCCAUGUUGUCUGGUGAAUCUACUCCUUUGCUUAAAGAAUCUAUUAAAUUGAGACCUUCCACUGAAAAUUUGGCCAUUGAAUCGUUCGAUAAGAACUCCUUGUUACACGGUGGUACUAUGGCCUUGCAAGUUUCUAAGCCUGAAAACCCAACUGUUCCCUUGGCCCCAGAUAAUGGUGCCUUGGCUAUUGUUUCCAAGACUGGUUUUGAAACUUCUCAAGGUUCUCUUGUUCGUAUGAUGAUUUUCUCUAGUGAAAGAGUCUCUGUUGGUAAUAAGGAAGCUUUCUUCUUUAUCCUUUUCUUGUUGGUUUUCGCCAUUGCUGCCUCUUGGUAUGUCUGGGUUGAAGGUACUAGAAUGGGUCGUAUUCAAUCCAAAUUGAUUCUUGAUUGUAUUAUUGUUAUCACCUCUGUUGUUCCUCCUGAAUUACCAAUGGAAUUGACUAUGGCUGUUAACAACUCUUUGUCUGCCUUGCUGAAGUACUACAUCUACUGUACCGAACCAUUUAGAAUCCCAUUGGCUGGAAGAAUCGAUGUCUGUUGUUUCGACAAGACUGGUACUUUAACUGCUGAAGAUUUGGUUUUCGAAGGUUUGGCUGGUUUCGAUGAAUCUAAUAUCCACCACUUGUCUACUUGUGAAGAAGCUCCUGAAACUACUUCCUUUGUCUUGGGUUCUGCUCAUGCCUUGGUCAAGUUGGAUGAUGGUGAUGUUGUUGGUGACCCAAUGGAACAAGCUACUUUGAAAGCUGCUGAUUGGACUGUUGGUCUCAAAGAUACUGUUGAAAGAAAGAAAUCUAAUGGUAAGCUUGAAAAGAUCAAGAUCUUGCGUCGUUUCCAAUUUUCUUCUGCUUUAAAGAGAUCUUCUGCUAUCUCUAGUGUUAACUCUUUGCAAGGAAAGAACUUGAUUUCGGUCAAGGGUGCUCCAGAAACUAUCCGUGAAAUGCUUAUUGAUGCUCCUGCCAACUAUGAAGACGUUUAUAAAUCGUUUACUAGAUCUGGUUCCAGAGUCCUUGCCUUGGCUUAUAAGUAUUUGGACACCAAUGUUAAUGUUGUUAAGGUCACUCGUAAGGAUGUUGAAUCUAAGUUGCACUUUGCUGGUUUCAUUGUUUUCCACUGUCCAUUGAAGGAAGAUGCCGUUGAAUCCAUUAAGAUGUUGAAUGAAUCAUCCCAUCGUUGUGUUAUGAUUACUGGUGAUAAUCCUUUGACUGCCUGUCAUGUUGCUAAGGAAGUUGAAAUUACUACUAAGGAUGUCCUUAUUUUAGAUGCCCCAGAAGACCACCAUAAUGUUUCUGGAGAAGAAGAUUUGGUCUGGAGAAAUGUUGACGAAACUGUGAUUAUUCCAUUUAAGAGUACCGACAAGUUGGAUACUUCUCUUUUUGAAAAGCAUGAUAUUUGUGUCACUGGGUAUGCAUUAAAAUUCUUGGUUGACCACUCUCAAAUUCUCGACUUGUUGAAGCACACUUGGGUUUAUGCCAGAGUUUCUCCAAACCAAAAGGAAUUCAUUCUUACCUCCUUGAAGGACGCUGGAUAUAACACCUUAAUGUGUGGUGAUGGUACUAAUGAUGUUGGUGCCUUGAAACAAGCUCAUAUUGGUGUUGCCUUAUUGAACGGUACUGAAGACGGUAUGAAGAAGAUUGCUGAAAACAGAAAAAUUGAAACUACUAAGAAGGUCUAUGACAAGCAAGCUCAAUUAUUUGCUAACUGGGGUAAGCCUGCUCCUCCAUGUCCUAUUAUCAUUGCUCACUUGUAUCCACCUGGACCAUCUAACCCUAAGUAUUUAGAAGCAAUGGAAAAGAAGGGUAUUGAAAUUACUGAUGAUAUGAAGAAGGCUGUUGAAAUUGCCAACAAGACCGGAUUUGUUCCUCCUCCAACUCUGACCAAGCCUGGAUCUGAAAACUUGGGUGAAUCUAUCAUGACUGCAUUGCAAGAUGCUGAAAUGGAUGAUGAAGCUCCAGUUUUGAAAUUGGGUGAUGCAUCUGUUGCCGCUCCUUUCACUUCCAAAUUGGGCUCUGUUUCUGCUGUUACUAAUAUUGUACGUCAAGGUCGUUGUGCAUUGGUUUCUACCAUUCAAAUGUACAAGAUUUUGGCAUUGAACUGUUUGAUUUCUGCCUACUCUUUGUCUGUCUUGUACUUGGCAGGUAUCAAGUUUGGUGAUGGUCAAGCAACUGUUUCUGGUAUCUUGUUGUCUGUUUGUUUCUUGUCAAUUUCUCGUGGUAAACCAAUUGAAAAGCUUUCCAAGCAAAGACCUCAAGAUGGUAUUUUCAACACUUACAUUAUGGGAUCUAUUUUAGGUCAAUUCGCUGUUCACAUUAUUACUUUGAUUUAUAUCACUAAGGAAAUUUACAUUUUGGAACCUAGAGAACCACAAAUUGACUUGGAAAAGGAAUUUUCUCCUUCAUUGUUGAACACUGGUUUGUUCUUGUUGCAAUUGGCCCAACAAGUGUCUACAUUUGCCGUCAACUACCAAGGUUUGCCAUUCAGAGAAAGUAUCAAGGAUAACAAGGGUAUGUACUAUGGUUUACUUGGUGUUGCUGGUUUGGCUCUUGCUGGAUCGACUGAAUUCUUCCCAGAAUUGAAUGAAGCCAUGAAGUUUGUUCCUAUGGACUUGGUCUUCAAGGCCAAGUUGACCGCAUGUAUCUUGUUGGACUUGGGUGUCACUUGGCUUAUUGAGGUUGUAUUUAAGUACAACUUUAUGAACCAUGAAGCAGCUGACAUUGCCUUGAGAGAUGAAGACAAGAAAUAAUUUGAUGUUUGACAGUUUAUUGAUUUACCUUGAACAUUUUUAUAGAUUUUAAUUGAAGUCGAUUUUAUUCGUAAUUAUGCUAUGUAUUAAGUAAUUAAAUGGGUUAUGUGAAACACCAAGGUUGUU